AUGCGCUUUCUUCCCCGAGAAGGCUAUACUUUCCCCCCGGAUCCACGUCUAUAUGUAUUUGGUACCGGAAAGCGUAUUUUCCCUGAGAGAUAUCUUGCAGAUACGUUGUUCUUCAUUACAGCAGCUAUGAUUUUGUCUGUGUUCGACAUCGAGAAGAAGGUGGGGAAGGAUGGGAAGGUGAUUGAGCCGGUGGUGAACCCAAUAACCGGGGCUACUACUCACAUGACCCCGUACGAGUGUGCUAUCAAACCUCGGUAUCGUCUCUUGAGUGCUGGUGAUGUGGACAUUGGGAAGAAUAAUACGGGAUAA